ACUUGUCACCAUAGCGACGACACACCGGAAAUACACCGUAACCUGCGGACGGUGUGGCGAUUAGCCUACAGCAUGUUUAUCUGUCGAAAAAACUCAUAACCGCCGUUGUUUGUUUGUUUGUGUGUUUGUUUGUUUGUUUGUUGGUUGGUUGACUGAGCGGGUAAAGAUGUCGGAGCCCGAAGAGGACCUGCAGGAAGAAAGCACAGAGAAGAAGAAGAAUAAGAGAGAAACACGAAGCGUGAAGAAGAAGAAGAAGAGGGAGAAACGGGACCAAGAAAAGCAGCAGCAGGUGGAGGAGGAGGAAGCUGAGCAGAGUGAGUGUGUUGUGCUGCGUGGGAUCUUCAAACUUGGAAAGAAGAGUCAUGACGUCCUGCUCACUCCAACCAGACUGACCUGGACCCCCAUCACCCCGGAGACCCCCGCAGGUGAGGCGUGUGUGCAACAGCCAGGUCUGGUGCUGCUGGAGGAUGUGUUUGCAGUGAAGGUGAAACGGCGGCGAGCUGCAGGAAAGGAGUCAGGGGGACCGGUCCUCGGCGUGGCUCUCUUCUGCGCCAAGAGGAACGGGAGGAGGCUGGAGGAGGAGACGCUACACCUUCACAAUGGCUCUUCAGAACACACUCACACCUGGUACAACAAACUGAAGGAGCUGCUCACAGGGUUCAGUCGUCCCAGGUAUGUGAAGGUCUUCAUCAACCCCAGCAGCCACAGGAAGGAAUCAGUUCACAUCUACAGAGAACACGUGGCUCCUCUCUUCAAGAUGGCCGACGUCCGCACUGACAUCACUGUGACCGAGAGGAAGGGUUACGCUCUCUCAGUGAUGAAGGAAUGCAAGCUGGAUGAAUUCGAUGGCGUGGUGUGUGUUGGAGGGGACGGUUCGGUAGCCGAGCUCUGUCACGCUAUGGUCCUCAGAGCUCAGCUGGAUGCUGGUUCUCCUGAGAAACCAGUGAAACAAGUGCUGCCACUUGGAAUCAUUCCCGCUGGCUCUACAGACGUGGUUUCCUGUUCUGUUCAUGGAGUCAGAGAUCCGGUCACUGCAGCCCUGCACAUCAUCCUGGGUCACAAACAGCAGGUGGACAUGUGCAGCUUCACGUCUCUCGGUCAGUUGGUGUGUUUCGGGUUCUCUGCCAUGUUUGGUUUUGGUGGGCGGAGCUUAGCAAGGGCAGAGAAGAAGAGGUGGAUGCCAUCAGGAAGGCGACGGGAGUACGCUUUGGUGAAGACUCUGGCAAGGCUGAGACCAGAGGACUGUCAGCUGUCUUUUUUACCAGCGAAGACAUCAAACAAGAAUUUGAUUGAUCAUCUAGACCAGGACCAGGGCCCGGACUCAGAGGGGGAGGAGUCCUGGACAACCAAUCAGGGCCUGUAUAUCAGCAUCGGCAUCAUGUCCAUCCCCUGUCUGAGUCCGCAUGUACCUCAAGGACUGGCUCCUAACAGCAGGGUCUCAAAUGGUAGCGCCUCAUUGAUCGCAGUGGGAAACACUUCCAGGUCAGAGUUCAUCAAACACCUGAAGAGAUACAACAGCUCCAGCGGACAGUUCAGCUUCUCCUUCGUGGAAACUCAUGAUGUGUCAGCGGUAAGGAUCCGCCCACGGUCCAAGAUUGGCUGGUCGGAGGAGGAGAGCGAGGAAGAGGGAGACUCCAGAACGUCGCCCAUCAUCCAAUCAGAGGGAGCUGCCUUUCCGUGGAACAUCGACGGAGAGCUAGUGGAGAUCGCUAACGAAGUGCUCAUCAGGGUCCACCCUCAGCUCAUCACUCUGUACGGGGAGGAGGUGGACGAGGCGGAGUCCACUGUUUCCUGCAGCUGCAUCUGAGUCCAGCAGAGGAUUUGCUCCUGUGUGUUUGUUUGUAUGUUUGUUACAAACAAGACACAUCACCUUGGUGACCACAAAUGAUUUGACACUGCCCUCUUCAGGUCAUUACUGUAAACGCUACAACAUGAACUUGUACUAAGGCUUCUUUCAAAGCAGCAAAAACAGAUUAGAGACAGAUUCUCACAGCUUUCUGAUCAUGACAUUAAAGCUUCAUAAAUCGAUUUUUUUUUAUUGACAACUGCAGAUUUAAUAACAUAUCAAGUUACCCAUAAGCUAACUUUCACUACCUGUGCUUUUUGAAGAUGUAAGUUUAUCACCUCUGGACUUAAACAAUAAGGAGAAAGGUUUUCUAAUCAAAUUAAUGUUUACAUUUUUACCUUUUAUUUGCCUAUUUUUUUUAACUGAAACUUUUUAUUCUGUUUUCCUGUUGCUUUGGCAGUGAGCAAAUACUUUUCUAUUAUUAUUAUUAUGAUGAGUCCAAACUUAAAUAUGGGACUUUUU